CUGAAUGACCAUCUCUGUCCACGAUUCUCUUCAUGCAGUUUUUCGUGUCGGCAAACCCCAGUUCCACUUGCUGCGAUUCGAUUUCCAGGUCGGUGUCUGACGGGACGGGCGGCUCUCAGCCCGCCGCCUCCUUCUACUGCCCGUCCUACGAGAACCGGCUCCUGGCGAGCAGCCGGACGGAGCUGAACGCAGCGCUGGGGGUGUACAGCUCUCCGUACGCAGCGGCGGCCACAGCCAGCCAGAACUACGCCAACUACUUCCCCUACAGCACCGACCCAUCCGCGAUCUACUCCUCUCUGAACCCACAAUAUGACAUUAAGGACAGCACGGGCACUUUGCACUCUGGCAUUACUCAAACGGCUGCUUACUAUCCCUACGAUCAUUGUCUAGGACAGUAUCAAUAUGACAGAUACGGGACAGUGGACUUUAAUGGCACAGCUCGGAGAAAGAACGCCACACGUGAGACCACCAGCACUUUGAAAACAUGGCUGUACGAGCAUCGCAAGAACCCCUAUCCCACCAAGGGUGAAAAAAUUAUGCUGGCCAUCAUCACUAAAAUGACACUCACCCAGGUGUCAACGUGGUUCGCUAAUGCCAGGAGGAGGCUAAAGAAGGAGAAUAAGAUGACUUGGUCCCCGAAGAAUAAGGCUAACGACGACCGGAAGGAGGAUCUUAACAAGAGCGACCAAGACGGUGUCACCAAAGGUUCCCCUGAUUGCAAGGAGGAGAAGGAUCUGCACUUGAGUGACUUGGAGGACAUGGACGAGGACGACUGCGACAAGCUGGACAGCGACUGUGAAAAGGUGGCAGCAGAUGAGCAGGAGCUCCAAAGAGCCAUGGCCGUGUCCGAAGCUCCUCAAAAAAGAGACUGCAGCUCCGAGCUGCACCUGAGUUUAAGCAACAGCUUCCACUCAUUCCCCUGCGCAAUCAAAGGUGUCACCACCCUCCCCCCUCUCCCAUCCGAUUUCCUGGAUCCUGUUGUGUCCAAGGCAUCCGCUUUGAGCAGCCCGUCAGCUGGAACAGUGUCCCUGUCUCAUUUUGAAGCAUCAGACAAGCCACGAAUUUGGUCUAUCGCUCGUACAGCGGCUUCCGGGGUCAUAUUGAACCCCCAGCAGCAUGACUUAGAGCUGAGGACAGGGAGCUUAACUGGAGACUGCCAGCUACAGAGCACCAGACUUUCUGGGGCUUCCGCUGGACAAUGUGGGACAAGAGGCCUCCAUGAUUCUGGCAGCACUGAGAGUUCAUUCACUGAAGGCUCGUCCUUGCACUCCAAAGUUUAUGGCACAAGCAACUACAAUCACAAGGGCCUUCAUCUUCACAGUUCAUCCUACGCUGCUGUCCCAGACACGUGCCAGUACCCAAGUCUUGAAGCAUUCUCUGGAGGCAAAGUGGAGAUUCAGUCGACUGACCUCAGCGAGGCCUGUGGGACUGUGCAGGAUGACAAGGUCACUGCAUUCAGACCAGUCAUGAAGAGGUGAAGCAGGUAUAACUGAAGUUUGAGUAACAAUAAAAAGGAGACAUUUCUUAUGCACUAAAGGACACAAUGACCCAGCUGCU